CUGUGUACAUCCAACAACUCAACCGUUUAAACAAAGAGGGAUCAUCGAUCCCAUAGUCUCCAUUCACAACGGCGUCAGAAGCUAUAACUCUCGGGCUCGUAGGCCUUCUUUCAAAACCCGUCGUUGAAGCAGUCUUCGAUUCUCCCACCACGUCACCCUUAUCUCCCUCUUCUUUCGAAUCGAGGCAAUCGAUUCUCGUCUCUCCCCCAGGAAAAGAUAAAAUCGAACCAUCUACCGCUCCGGUAAGAUCUAUCGGUAAUCUCCCAUACACUGUCCCUUCCCUUCCUCGUGGUCAACCCGUGAUAGAGAACCAAUACGUUCCUCAAUUAUACACCAUCGAAGGGGCACACGAGCUCAAGUUGAAUAAUAUGACACUUCCUGUUGCAGAAAACCACGAUGAGACUGGUGCUUUGGCGAAUGGAGUGGAUGGUUUGUCGAUUCAUGAUAGACACAUGAACGGGGAUACUGUGGAGCACCACCGCGGAUCUACGGAAAAAAUGGAAUUAGGCCAGGCUUUAGCUGAUGGUCCUCAUGAUGCCACUCUUGCAGAACGCCCAAUGUUGAGAGAAAACCCUUCCAGAUCAUAUGUCAAAUCCAUCAAGUCUAUCCCUAUCGUGACUACAUACGACGAUACUCCUGACCCAGAGCCAAUCGUCAUGCCUACGAUUGAACAAAAACCAAACCGACCCAAAUCGGUCGCCGCUUCUACUAAAGGUAGCGUCAAAGGCAGUAUCAAGCCAAAUGUCAAACGUUCAACUUCGAAAAGUGGGUCUAUUGCUCCAUCGACAAAAGGAACCUUUGGUCCUACGGCCGCUCUUGACGGUAAUCCCCGUCCACCUUCUAGAGCCGCUUCAAGAGCUUCUUUCGUCCCUUCUCACACGGGUGAGGAAGCACUGGGUGCAGCAGUUAUAGGCGAUGAUAUCAUGUCGGAAAAACACAAUUCCCUCAAACGUACUUCUCUUGCGGACAAUGGACCGGUACCGCACUUCGAAGAUGGUGACAGAUCCAUGAGUCCUCGUCCUCAAUCAAGCUUUGGACAUAGGCCCAUGCCGAGCCUCACCGCCGUACCGGAAGAUCAGCGCGAAGGUCAAUUCGGAGGAAGGCAGAGUAGAGCGGGGAUGUUGGAUAGGAGUGGGACGGUGGUCAGCAGGGCGAAUACUCUGGGAAGGAACGGUACGCUUUCUAGAGCUACCAAUGGGGGUAUCGUGGGGAGUCGUAGGGGUGCUUUUGGUAGAGGUGCAGGGGCCAGUAUUGGUACUCAACCUGAAGAGGUUUUGGGUAGAGAUGAUAUCCACGCCCGCGCCGAACUCUCCGAACGUAUUUUAGACGACGCCACCCUUCGUCGUCUAGCCACCAUGGAGAAAAAAGACGCGAAACGUCUUGCUAAAGUUAUCAAAGCCGAGGGUCAAACCGAACAUAAAGCUGUUCAAGGGUCUAUCAAAGAGCUUGAACGUAUGGUCAAACUCCAGCGCGAAGCAGCUGCGGCCGAACGUAAAUCCCAAGCUCGUCUCAGCGCAUGGACGAAGAAAGAACACAAGGCUAGGCUUAGGUUUUUGAAGGAAAAGGAGAGGUACGAGAGGAUCGAAGGAGAGUUGCGUAAUGCUGAGAAUGAUUAUGAAGAGAGAAGGGAUCAUGCGUCUGGAUUGACUGCUCAAGUGGCGGAGAAAACUCAGGAUUUGGAUGAUUUGCGUGCUCAAAAGGCAGCUGAUGAUCUAGUCGGUAUUCACACUUUAGCCGAGCAAGCGUGGAGCGCCGAAGAAAAUAAGAGAGGUACCGACGCGUUACAGGGGGAAGAGAGAGUCGAUAUUCUAAGCACGUAUAAUUCGAGGGGAAAGGGAGAUUGGAUGAAUGUUGUCUCUGCUACCAAUUCGCAAUUCGCAAUCUUCACGCUUGAUGUUUGA